UAGAAUGAACUACACACCAGAAAUCUCCUACAACUCUGACGAGAAGGUUUGGAUUGGGAAAAAGCCACCAGCAUAUUUCUCUCCGGAUUUAUCAGUUGGUCAGGUUAUUUUCCAUGAAAUGAAACGCCAUCCGAAACUCAUAGCACAGAUAUCUGUUACGGAGAAUACAGUGCUGACAAGAGAGGAACUCCUCUUAAACUCGAUGCGUGUAGCCAGUUACCUAAGGAAUUUAGGUCUUGAACAAUCGGAUAUAAUUGGAAUUAUAGCUCGGAAUACUACUCAUUUAUUUGCGGUUGCCUAUGCCUGUUUUUUUAAUGGCAUGGCUUUCCAUUCAGCCAACGUAAACUACGAGCAAGAUAAGAUUAUAAAGCUAUAUGAUAUCACCAAACCAAAGAUCAUCUUUUGCGAUGGCGAUGAAUACGAGAAGGUGAAAGAAGCGACAAAACAUUUGAAUCUGAAGAUUGUGACAAUGAGGAAUCACAAAGACGGUUCUAUUAGCAUUGACGAGGUGCUUGCCACUCCAGUUGAUCCAUUCUUUGAACCAGCACGUCUCGAACAGGGAAUGAAUCAAACUUUGGCUAUUCUUUGCUCCUCAGGGACAACGGGAACACCAAAGGCUGUUACAAUUCCCAAUGAGGAGGCAAUUAAAAAUGUUCUUGAGUAAGUGAAAUGACACCAAUUCGAUGAUUUGGGUUUUAUAAAUUUAUGUUUUUCCUGUAAUUACGUAAACACUUCUGAUGUUUUGUUUACGACAAGCGCUUUGGAUUGGGUAUCUGGAUUCCUUAUAACUUUAACAUCCGGAGUUCAAAGUGCUCUUCGCAUAAUAACUGACAAGCCAUUCAAUGCUUCUCAUGUUUUGCGACUGAUUAAGAAGCAUAAAGUGACGUUGAUAAUGCAGCCUCCUCCACAAAUGGCGCAGAUGGUGAACUGUCCCGAGUUUAAAGAGGAUUACCUGGAUAGUGUACUCUAUUAUUUUUACGGAGGUUCUGGUUGUUCCUUAGAGGUUCAAAAUAGAUUCCGUGGCACACUUUCUCCUAAAUGUAGGCUAAUUUUUGGAUAUGGUUUCACGGAGUUUCGUGCAGGAAUUAUUUCAAACUAUCAUUUUGAUCAAAAGCCCGGCUCCGUAGGUCGCCCAAUUGAUGACGUCAAGUUAAAGAUCAUUAACGAACAGAAUGAACCUCAAGAUCCUAAUGUAGUGGGUGAGCUUUGCAUAUACAGCGAAAGAUAUUGGGCUGGUUAUUACGGAAAUCCUGAGGAAAGUCGAAAAUUUCGAGAUAGUAACUUAUGGUAUCAUACGGGAGAUUUGGGUUACAUUGAUGACGAUGGCUUCUUGUUUAUAGUUGAUCGUAAAAAGGACAUGUUAAAAUAUCAGAAUAUCAUGUAUUAUCCUAAUGAAAUCGAAAAGAUUAUUUCCGAAAUGCCAGAGGUCUCCGAAGUUUGUAUCUUUGGUGUAUUAAAUGACUUAAAUGAUGACGAAGCAGCUGCAGCAGUUGUUAAAAAAGUCGAAGCCCAAUUAGAACCCCAGGACAUGGUUAACUAUGUUGCAAAGCGCAUUCACGCUGAUUACUUACAACUUCAUGGAGGCGUUUUCAUAGUUGAUAAUCUAAAACGUCUUAGCAAUGGUAAAACGGAUCGUCGGGCAACAAAAGCAUAUUGCUUGGGCCAGGUCGAAAAAUUAAUGUCGGAAUCAGCUUCUUAAAUAAACAGGCAGUGUAUGCCAAUUUAUUAUUCCAUAGUCUAAUCGAUUAACUUUUCGACAAGUGGGAUCAAUUGAUUUUCUUUUCAAGUGGAAAUGCAUAUCCUCCUUCUCUUAUGUAUUUUCAUUAGAGACGCUAGGAAAUUAAUUUCAUUUUACAAGCAUAUCCAAUUUUGCUAAAACUUUGUCUUUAGCAUAUAAGAGGUUAUCAUUUAAAAGU